AUGAUUAGAAUUUUAACAAUUGCAGUCUGCAUCACUCUUAUUUUCGGAUCAUUCAUCAAAGAUUAAUAAAUAGCAAUCAACAACUUUGAGUGUUCUGAAGUGGAACACAGGAGACCAGAUGUAUUCUAUGUCACAGGAACAGGAUCUCUAAGUGUUGAACCAACAAUAGUCACAGUUCACUUCGCAAUUGAAAUCCAAAAUUAAAUGGCAGAAUAGGCUUUGAAUAAAGCCAACAGCAUAUAAGCGACAGCCUUCAAGUCAUUGCAAUCAGUGGACACCUCAAAUGCAGGAGUGAAGAUCACAACCGCUUAAUUCUAGAUGUUCCCUCAUUCUGAAUAUGAGUAUACCAAUGGAAACCCUGAACUCAAAUUCAAGGGCUACAAAGUGAUCAUAAGCCAAAAAUUGGAAACCUCGAAUUUGAAGAUUGUUGGACAGCUGAUCGAUGCUGCCAUCAAUGCAGGAGUAACCACAAUCAACAGUGUAUCCUUCGAUGUCAAACCAGAACAGAAAUCUGAACUAAAAGAUUAAAUUCUUUAAUUAGCUGUCAAAGAUGCAACACACAAAGCUGAAAUUGCACUCAAAUCUUUGGACAUGAAAAUCCAUUCCAUCAAAAGUAUUUCCAUCGACUAACAAUAUGCCCCAAGAACAUCCUACAUGAACAAAAUGGCUCCCAUGGCCGCAAUGGACGGUGCCUCUGCUCCAACUGAAAUUUAUGCCCAAGAAUAGAACUUAUCACAUUCAAUCACAGUAGGAUUCAUCAUAGUUCCCAACGAUCAAUGAAUAUUCUACAUAUUCAAAUACACAGUAUAUUUUAUAUUCCCUA